GUCUACCCUGUCAGCCUUGCCCACCACAUGCUGCCGUUCACCCAGUCAACCAUGUGGCUGGCCAUUCUGCUUGCCCUCUGCUGCCUGACUUCCGACUCCCACGGGACACACUCCCCAGAUUUUUGUUGCAAAGACUUGAACACCAGUGUGAAGCCAGGAUUUCCCAAAACAAUAAAGACCAAUGACUCAGAAGUGCUUAAGGCAGCCAGGCACAGUGUGGAAAAGUUCAACAACUCCACAAAUGACAUCUUCUUGUUCAAGGAGUCCCGGGUCAGCAAGGCCCUGGUACAGGUGGUGAAAGGCCUGAAAUACAUGCUGAACAUGGAAAUCAGGAGAACUACAUGCAGGAAGACCGCGCACCCCCAUCUGGACAACUGUGACUUCCAAACCAAUCCUGCCUUAAAGCGGGUUCUACACUGCUACUCAGAAGUCUGGGUCAUCCCCUGGCUCCACAGUUUCAAGGUACCUGUUCUCCGCUGCCACUGACUUCUGCCUCUUCAGCAAGACCAGGGCUGUGAUAAACUUACACACGUGUGCCUCCUCCUCCUCACUUUCCACCCCAGCCUGGCCAUCCUAAAGCCGCAGGGCCUUCUUCCCAAUGAGCAGAUGGAAGAGCCGGCUGGUCAUCAGGUGACCAGGAUGGGAGAAUGCGGUGCCCUCCUGGCCAGAUUAACUGUAUUCAUAUUUUCUUCUAAAAUCAACUCUUCUGGUGCUGCACACCCAGAGUCAGGAUGUGGGCAUGGACAGGCUCCUUUGAUGGCAUCACUGGAGUAUGGGUAGAGCAAAGGAGACCGUCAACAAGGCACAAGUGUGGGGGCUUCCUGACACUGACUGAACAGAUUCUGUAUCCAUCUCUUGUCUACCAUUAACAUCAGACCACUGCUGGUGAGAAUGGUUUGUCAUAAAU